UGUUUUAUUUAUUUAUCUCCCCAUAGCGCCACUGUUUUCACCUUCACCCACCUUCACUCUCCCUCUCUCUCUCUGUGUCUCUUCUUUCACAUCUCAUACCAAUACCAAAGUAGCAACAACUGAAGAAGAUGCUUCUCGGGAAAAGACCUCGUCCUCCAAUGAAGAGAACCACCAGCAUGUCCGAAAUAACGUUGGAUCUGAACACCGCUGCCUCCGAUGCUGUUGACCAACAGAGAUCAGGUGCUGUUACUUCCUCGGGAACAUCCAAAUUGCUCCGCAGACAUUCCUCCGAUUUCGUAGACUCAACACCUCACUUUCUCCGCGCUUGCUCUCUCUGCAAACGCCCUCUCGUUCCCGGUCGCGACAUCUACAUGUACAGGGGUGAUAGUGCUUUCUGCAGCCUGGAGUGUCGCCAGCAGCAGAUGAACCAGGACGAGAGAAAAGAGAAGUUUAUUAUGGCGUCGAAGAAGCAAUCCAUGGCUCCUCCACCAUCUGGGUCUAAAGUCACCGCCACCAAGGGAGAAACCACCGUGGUUGCGUUGUAGAUGUAAAAUCCAAACCAAGCAUGUCAAAAACAUGUUUAUAUACCUCUCCCUCUCUUUCUCUCUUAUCUUUUUCUUUUUCAAUUGUUACCCUGGGAGUGGAAACUUUUUGGAUAAUGGGAGUGGGUGGUUUUCCUUGCUUAAUUACAUGGGCAAACUGGGCAAAUCUAUUUUUUGGAUGUACCUUCUAGCAGUCCCCUUCGGAUUUUUAAUCCAUACAUAAUUUAAAUGGAGAACAAAUUUCCAAAA